UUCAGCUUCCUUUAUCAGUACAGUGCUUUCGUUUCAGACGAAUAAACGAGAGUGCGCCAGCAUUUCAACAUCAGACAUUUGGGCCGUUUUACAACUAACAAUCAAGCGAGUUUCUGAAGACUGUGUCAGCUUAACGGAAUAAAGGCGAAAAUGAGAAACGAAUUGUUAUUAUUGAGUGCACUUCUCAUUGCUGCAACAGCUCUCACCUCAGGUGAUUAUGGUCAAAGUGCUACAGCAAGCCAUGUGCAUUCAACCACAGUCCAUUCUAACAUCACCGGAACUACAGCCAGCCCAAACACAACAACUCACAGCCCAAACACAACAACUCACAGCCCAAACACAACAACUCACAGCCCAAACACAACAACUCACAGCCCAAACACAACAACCCACAGCCCAAACACAACAACCCACAGCCCAAAAACAACAACUGCGCCACCUGCUCCAACUCCUUCAGCCAAACUCACAGUUGGGAAUUAUAACUUAAGUGACAGUGGCAAACUGUGUUUUCUGGCUAAAGUAGCAAUGCAGAUCCGUGUGAACAGCAGCAAGGUUAAUGGCACAUUCAUUGUUCAAGAACACAAAACCAAUGUCAGCGGGAGCUGUGGUGAAAAAGUGACGGAUAUCUUUCUCUCUUUCAAUGAGGGCCAAAUUGCCCUGAAAUUUAGAAAUAAUGAGACAUCAAAAAUGGUCUAUGUUGAGACUUUGGAGUACGACUUGACCUAUGCUUUCAAAUAUGGAGUGUCAAGCAAUUUCAGUGGGAAGAAUGAAUCUCUUUGGCUGUUUGCCGCGGCUGAGGGUCAUUCAUACUCCUGCAAAGCUCAGCCAGUGUACAUGGGAGGUGGUGUGCAUCUGGAUCUCUCCAGUUUAAGGAUUCAGGCCUACAAUAUAAAGAACAAUGACUUCGGAACUCCUGAUCUGUGCAAGGCUGAUCAACCUAACUACCGGGUUCCCAUCGCUGUGGGCAUUAUCCUCAUCAUCCUCAUCGUUAUUGUAGUCAUUGCUUAUCUUGUCAGCAGGAAACGGAGGGCUGAUGGGUAUCAGUCUCUAUAAAGGCCCGCAAACCCUUACUUAUGUGAAGUACGACAAGCAAUUCCAGUUUACAGGAAUGGUUAUGCUUUAAUGUAUGUCUUAAGUGAAUGUUACAUAUGUACUGAUGAACAGGGAUGACCUAGGAUUUGUCCAAGCAAAGUUUACUAAAUGAAAUGCAGACAUGCCACUUCCUAACAAAAGCUGCUGUUGCCAUCAAGAUUUGUACAUCACAAUAAGAUCAUAAUACAACCAGACAAUGAAAGGCUACCUUAGUACAUACCAUAUUUAGCUCACCUUCAUGAAUUAAUCACCUUUUUUAAGAACCUAAAGUAAUCACAUGUUAAACCGAUAUGACAAAUGGAUGUUAAUUAUCAACUGUUGCUUAAAUGUAAGUGUAAGUGACCUUUUCUGUGAGCGCUCUUAACUGCCUUUUGAACAUCUUGUGUAUUUUCUAUCCUGACAGGCCAAACAAUAUUAAUCUGAUAAAUAUGUGCAUUAGUCUUUCCAAAGAGGCUGUAAAACAUGCAGCAAAAAUCAAUAGGGCUAAAUUAAAGGGAAGUUUUAUCUUGUGUAAGGUGCAUACAUUGUACUUUGCAAUUAAUAAUAAAAAGAGUUUUUUUAAGCAGGUGCAACCCUGUUUUCAUUGUGCGAUAAGUAUACUUUUGCUCUUUUUUCAUUAAUAUUUUUUUCUGUUUUUAAACUGAAGAGCUUUACUGUCCUGUAUAUUAAUCUGAUGUUGUAACUGAAGCUGAGCCUUACAAUACAAAAUGCACUGAAUAAAGGGAUUAAUAUGCAAAUGUAUAAUUUUGUUUACAGCUAAUAAAAUCUUUAAGAAACACCA